GCAUGAGAUAGCAGCGUUUAAAAGUGCACAGCGACAAAAAGACGACGACAAGACAUGAAACUCUGUGCGACCGUCCCCUCUUGCCCUCCAUUUUGUCUUGCCUCACCACGAGAGUUCAACGCUUCUGCUGUCUGGCUUGACACGCAUGCGAGCAAUCGAGACUGGAGAACAAGUGCCGCUUUUUUUUGUGGAGAAAGUCACAGGAAACACACCUUUUCUCCGCCCUUUAAAAGUCUUCAAGGCUUUUCAAUGGCAGCAGGAAUUCCUUCCUUCCUCUGUUUCGAGUUUUAGGUCUUUUUCUCAUGCCGAGAUGCUCUCGAAAUGCGAGGCCGAGCGUCGAGCAUGCACCACUUGUGCAGUUUCGCGGAGGUGAGUUGUCCGGUUUCCUUUCCCGACUUCAUCUCUUCUCUUUCUUGCCUCCGCGCUGUUAUCUCUCGAGCUCCCCUGAAAUGACGACUCCUGCGUCACCGGCUUCUUCCGGCACUCCCGGUUCUCCAGCUGUCUCAGCUGUAUGUACACCGCUCGAGCUGCUCUGUCCUCGCUUCCCGUUUCCUCUGUUUCUGUCGGAGCGUCGUUCCGCGUCCAGCCGCUCCGUUUCUGGGGACUCCAAGCGAAAACGGUGUGCAUCCACCCAAGAAGUUCUACAGAACCUUCCCGGUGACACUCGGGAGCCUUCCGCUCACGCAAGGCCUUGUCCAGCCCAUCAUCGGAAACAGUUUUCCUCGUGGGGACGACGAGAAGAAGAAGACGUGAGGAAAGAGUCCCUGGCUUGGAAAUGGGUUCCCUCCUGCACAGUCCUUCGUUUGCGUCGUCUUCAGAGUCUCCUUCGCGUGGCGGUCAUUGCUCGGUGCAUGCACGAAGUUAACAAAGAGACAUCGGCUGAGAGAGACGACGAAAAAACGCACAGGGGGAGAACGAAGGUUCCACUGACCGAGAUAGAGCAAGAGGACCGUCCUGAUAACCGUCGACCGUCACAAGAGGGGAUGACGGGGAAAGGUUCGCUGGUGUCGUUCUCGGUCUCGAAUUCGGGUGCAUGCGCGCACAGAGACGACAGACGGGAAGACAAGACUGAAGAAAGAGGACCACUGCAAGAGCGGAUAAACCCAGUGCGGCAAGACCUGGAACGCAUGCAGCUGCAUCUCCUUCACCCGAAACAUCGCCCCCUCGCUCUCCUCUUCAGAGCAUCUCGAGGAAGGCCGCUUCUCCUUGCUUCUGACUUUCCUCAAAGAUUUCCAGACCGAGACCGGGCUCUUCCAAAGAUCGCAGACAGCACGAACGCGAAUCUCCCAGCGAAGAGACGCCGGACAGGAGAGCGAGAGGAAGACGCAGAAGCAGAGCGGUGGAAAGAAACGACCGAGGAGCAAGCGGGAAGAAACGCCUCACAAGCAGAGACUCAAAGCCUCCCGUGUGACUCCUGUCAGCGAAGAAGGAAGUCUCUGAAAGUGGACGGCAAGGGCGUAGAUCCAAGGAGAAGUACAACAGAUAAACCGUCUGGCGUGUCUCUUUCGAGUUCUCCGUCGGCAAACGCGAAUCUCGAACAAGCUCUGGAAUCGGUGCUGCGAGACGAAAACGUUUACUCCCGUGUUUCUGAUUACCUCCGUCGAUACUUUCAGGCGUACAUGGAUCGCCGCACUCUCGUGCUGGGUCUCGCGUCUGCCUCUCCUUCUUCGUCUCUUUCCCCUGCCUUUUCUUUUUCGUCUUCUGAAGCGCAGCCGUCUGAAGAGAGACCUGCGUUCGUUGUUCUCACUAAACGUCGAGGUGUCGACGAGAUUUUGGGAUGCCCAAGGGAGUUUUCAGCUUCUUCUCACCAACAGCGCUGUCGAGGGAGAUCGGCCCACACGGCAGGAAGCGCCGAAGAAAUUCAGAUUCCAUCCUCUUCUGCUGAUCCUGUCUCACGCGCCUCCUGUCCCCAGGGCUCCUCUUCGCAAUUUCCUUCUCCCUCGUGUUCUUGUCUCUUUUCUCCUUCGUCCUCUCCUUCUGCUCUUUCAUCUGGGUUUCCUGGGAGACCUCGUCACUGUGCUUGCGGCCAGGGAGAAGACGAACGCAUUCAUUUCUCGUUUGACCACGCCGUGCAAACUGUCCCCUUGCCUCUGUCUCCACUGUCUCCUUCUGUCUCCUCGCUGCUCCAGAAGCUCAGAGGGCGUCUGGGAAGAAGGCCUGAGAGGCGGUGGCUGACGCCUCAAAGCCUGUUGACUGCUGUGGAGAGACUCGCAGAGCAGGAGGCGUGGCGACGGAUCGCUCGCGAGUAUCUGAGAUCUGUCCACGGAGAAGAGGCAAUCCCGCGACAGAACGAGCAAUUGGAAAAGAAACAGGAAGUCCACAGUGCCAGCGAAAGCGAAGAAACGAAAUCAUCUGCGAAAAAGCAGAGGGUUGAACGUGCGCUGGAGCCUCCAAGACGCGAGACAGCAGCCUGUAACAGAAUUGACGCUGAGAAGACCUCGCAUUCUCUCUCCUCUUUUUGCUCAUGUGACUCUUCUUCCUCUCGCUCUCUCGCUUCGUGUUCGGCAUCUGCUUCCUCCAGUUCGGUUUUCUCCUGCUCGCCGUCUUCGGAUUUCUCUGGGGCUUCCUUUGAUCCCCGGCAGAAAGCCGCUGAGAGCUGUGUCAAGGCGAGACUUUUACGAGAGCCGCUCCCCAUUGCAUGCGCUGUUUUAGAAAACUUGAGAGAGGAGUUCUGGGCAGAAAUGGAGAAGGCGGCUGCCGGAGGUCACGACCCUCUGCCUGCGUUCGUCCUCUCGGAUUCAAAGACAGCCGACAAAAAAAAGGAGGAAGCAGAAGACCGAGAGGUGAAGACAGGCGAAAUCGGUUGUCGGUGGCCGCGACAGGGUCGUGAGGAGCAGAGAGAAGACUGCGAGAGACGCAGAUCGGCCUCAGGUGCAGAAACGGGUCGCAGCGGAGAGAGAAGAAAGCAGUCGGUGCGAGAGCAAGACUGGACGACAGGAAAAUCGGAAACCUGUUCUGAGCGCGAUGAGAAUCCCCAAGAACCGAUGAUGAGGAGCAGAACACAUGUCGAAGAAACGAGUGAGAUGCAGAAGGAAAGAGAGCAGAAGACACGAGAAGAAGGGAGGCCAAAAUCUGAGGCGCCAGAGACAAAUAAAAUCCCAGUUAAAGCGGUGGGAAAUGCACAGGCGAACAGGCAACACACUCUAGGGGACAAAGAAAAAACCAAAAAAGACCUUUUCCUCGAAGCCCAAGUCGACUUCCUCCUGCAGAUGUAUCUACACACAGACCAGAUUCUUCGUCACAAUACGUAGGCGCCUCUAGCUUCAAACAGAAAUUCCCCCAAAGUUACCGUUGGCACGCGCCCCACACUCCCAUAUAACUAUGCACAAGUAUGUAAACGCGUAUAUAUGUAUAUACAUAUAUGUAUAUAUACAUAUAUAUCUAUAUGCAUGUCAAAGGUUGUCUACCUAGCUGGCAGGUUGUACAAUUGUUUCUUCCACAAUUUUGAGCAGAUCUGAGAGGUUCAGUUUCCUUACGUUAUUCAACUCUUGCAUUCCUUCACUGCAAAGUAUCUCAUGCUGGAGGGAAGGAGCUCUUUUUGUAUGUCGUCCUUUGCCACCGCGUCGUGUCGGUAUGACGGCUUUUUCGGUUGUGCAGCUCAGAAUAGUCGGGGGUAUCUCUCAAUUCACAGGUCCUUUUUUGUCCGUUACUUUCGUUUGAAAAUGCCGUUUCAAUGCAAACCAGUCAGAGGGGUUUUGAAAUAUGCAGAUUUGUGCGUUUGCGUCCGUAAUUAGUCCUUCGAUGCACUAUCGGUUCUCUGUCGGUUUUCAGCAUGUGCACUGCAGACAAGCAUGCGUUUUAGCCCUCCAUUAAGUACUUGCUUGAUGACCCAAAUCGUUUGUUUACUCAUGGACUGAAUGGACGCCAUCUGGCUACAUAUAGAAGUGGGCCCCCGGUCGCAGUUGCGCACUUGCUGUUCCGGUGCCUUUUCUGGAACCACGCCGUUAUAUCGUUACUGAGUUGUCUUUGUCCCCACAUUUUGCGGUAUUAAGAAGUUCGACCCAAAACCGAGGGUUCUUCAGCAUGCGUGGUAUUAGCUUGUCAGUGCAAUACCUCUAACGAGGAAACUUAUUUGAUUAGCGGAACCGCAUACAAGGCUAGGCUUUCU